GUAGUCUCCCCGUUAGCGGGCCUAUGUUUUUAAACAUUAUCAGAUACCUAAGUUAACAGGUAUCUUACGUCUUGCUUUCAUUUACCAGCCCUUUCCUACCAUUCAGAAACAAUCAGAAUUCGCGAAACUUUUUAUAUUGAGUUGUUGAGUUGUUGAGAUGUCGAAAUUUAUCGAACGAUCCCUGGCCUGGCUUCUCUACACCCGUCGUGGCCACGACGCCGGCCUACUCCAUAAAUCAGCCCCCUUCGCCCUGCAUCACACCCCAACAAUAGAGGUGGAAUGUUCCAUCGGACCCUCAGGAUCCCCCAUCCCAUCCAAAUUCAGCUCAUUUGAAGAAGGCCAUUUCCCGACGCUAUCUUGGACGCCGCAGCAGAAUGCCGCUGAGUAUCUUCUCAUUCUCGAAGAUCCCGAUGCGCCUCUCGCGGAACCCGUGGUUCACGGACUCUACUACGGCAUUCCCGCCAGCAAGACCAGUCUUUGCCACGACGACUUUUGUCCCGUUGGUAAUACGGGAGAAUGCAACCUUCGUGGGGGGUUUCAAGUAUGGACUCAAUCGGCGGAAGGUUGUUUACAUGCCCCCUAGAGGGUUUCUAGGUCAUGGACCUCAUCGGUACUU